CGUGAAGGUAUCAUUAGUACAUUCACGCACCUACUGACAAUUAGGGAGAAAAAAAGAAAAAAAAACAUGCCGAAAACUUCUGGUACUACGCUGUCACCUGAGAGCAGGCCCAGCAGAUGCUUCCACACAGUUUAAUAAGACGCCGACAAAGAAGAGUGACACAUUUAGAAAGCCAAAUCUGCUGGGAAACAACACAAAAAAUAUAGCAUGUUUCACCUAAUCAAGAAAGAGAAGGAGAAGGAGAAGGAGAAGGAGGUGGGCAAGAAGGAAAAGAAAGAGAAGAAGGAGAAAAAAGAACAGAUGUCUCAGUCAGAGUUAAAAAGUCUGGAGGAGAUAAGCAUACGCAGAGGCUUCUUCCAUGUGAACCGAGGGAGCACCAAGAGGCAAUCUAGGAGCAAGCUGGAGAUCUCUAACCCAAUUCCAAUAAAAGUAGCGAGGGACACGGACAUUUGCCUGACAAAUGUGGAGACGGUUCCUCAACCCAUCAAUCUGGAGCCAGAUAAAGGGCAAACUUCUCCAAGUACUUCUAGUGAAAAUGUGAUUGCUAAUGAACUGGGACCUCAACGCUGCUCUGUGAAGGAGAGAGCUGCUAAAUUUGGGGAGCUGGCUAAGAUCAAUGCAGCAGCAGGUCAGAAGCAAGUAACCAUGAGUCAGAAGAGCAAAGAUGGCGGUACCUCCAUUCUCUCAGCUCAGGACAGGAGUACGGUUAAUUCAGCAUCCUACCCCAACCCAAAAGGAACUGUUAAGGUACACAUUCCUGAGGUCGUAGAGAAAACCUUCCCUGGCGCAGACCUGCAGUUGCCCAUACUCGCCACUCCACCUGUACCAGAUCCAAGAGAACUUGAGAUUCAACGAAGAAACACCGGAGAUUUUGGCUUCUCUUUGAGGAGGACCACCUUGAUUGAGAGACAACAGGAUGGAGGUGUGAGUCGGCGGGUUGUGCAUUUUGCUGAACCAGGGGCAGGCACCAAGGACUGGGCUUUGGGCCUGGUGCCAGGGGACAGGCUUGUGGAGAUCAAUGGAAUCAACGUGGAGAGCAAAAACAGGGAUGAAAUUGUGGAGAUGAUCCGCCAGUCUGGAGAAGCAGUCCGAUUAAAGGUGCAGCCGAUUUUGGAGCUCAGUGAGUUGAACCGCAGCUGGCUGAGGACCACUCAAGCUUUGCCCAAGGAAACAUUGGAGAUGCCCAGAGGCUGCAGAGUUUCUCAGUCCAACCUUGUUGAGGACCCUGUGGCCAUCCUUCAGGCUUCACACUCAGCUGCAACCAAGGUGAAGACAGAGGAGCAGUUAAAAGCAGAGAAGGCCUGGUAUGAAACAGAAAAAGUAUGGCUUGUCCACAAAGAUGGAUUUUCCUUGGCCACUCUCCUGAAAACGGAGGAAGGCAGCCUGCCAGAGGGGAAGGUAAAAAUCUGCCUGGAUAGUGAUGGAUCGUUAUUGGACGUGGAUGAAGAUGAUGUAGAGAAGGCAAAUCCACCUCUGUUUGACCGAGUGGAGGACUUGGCCUCUCUGCAGUAUUUGAACGAGUCAAGCGUGAUGCAUUCACUGAGGCAGCGGUACGGCAGCAACCUCAUGCACACCCACGCCGGACCCAGCAUGGUGGUCAUUAACCCAAUUAGCGCCCCUUCUAUGUAUUCUGAGAAGGUCAUGCAGAUGUUUAAGGGCUGCAGAAAAGAGGACACUGCUCCUCAUAUUUACAGCAUGGCGCAGGCUGCGUAUAGGAGCCUCCUUACUACUCGCCAGGACCAGUCCAUUGUCCUGCUUGGCAAGAGUGGAAGUGGCAAGACCACCAACUGCCAGCAUAUCCUCCAGUAUCUUGUCACUAUUGCUGGAAGCACUAACAAAACAUUCUCCACAGAGAAAUGGCAGGCAGUAUAUACAGUGUUGGAGGCUUUUGGGAAUGCUUCCACAUCCCUUAAUGGGAAUGCAAGUCGCUUCUCCCACAUCGUUUCCCUGGAUUUUGACCAGGCAGGCCUGGUGACCUCAGCCUCUAUCCAGACGAUGCUUUUAGAGAAAAUGAGGUUGACAAGGAGACCAGAGGGAGAGUCCACUUUUAAUGUGUUUUACUACCUGAUGGCUGGAGUGGAUGGUGCUCUAAGAACUGAGCUGCACCUCAACCACUUUGCUGACAACAAUGCAUUUGGAAUCCUGCCACAGACCAAGGCAGAGGAUAAGCAGCGGGCCUCUCAGCAGUUUUCCAAACUGCAAGUAGCCCUGAAGGUCCUUGGGAUCAGCACGGAUGAGCAGAGGGCCCUCUGGCUGGUUCUUGGGGCCAUCUACCAUCUGGGAGCCGCUGGAGCUACAAAGACUGGCAGGAAACAAUUUGCACGUCACGAGUGGGCCCAGAAGGCAGCCUACCUGCUGGGCUGCACCCUGGAGGAGCUUUCCUCCUCCAUCUUCAAGCAUCAGGCCAAGGGCACCCUGCCCAGACCCGGCACUAUCCGCCAGGCUUCAGAGGAAAAUGGCUCAGCAGAUGCAGGAUCCAAAUCCACAGCGAUGGAGUGUCUGGAAGCAAUGGCGUGUGGGCUUUACUCUGAAGUCUUUGCAGUCGUAGUUUCAUUGAUAAACAGGGCCUUGAAAUCCAGCCAGCACUCCAUGUGCUCUCUGCUCAUUGUGGACACACCGGGCUUUCAAAACCCGAGGCUUGCUAAACGCGAGAGCGGCGCAACCUUUGAAGACUUGUGCCACAACUACACUCAAGAACGCUUGCAGAGCCUCUUCUACCAGCGCACCUUUGUUCAGGAGCUGGAACGAUACAAAGAGGAAAACAUUGAACUCGCCUUAGAAGACACUGAACCCAGCACUUCCCUUUCAGUGGCGGUGAUAGACCAAACCUCAAGCCAUGCAAUUGUGCGUACAGUUCGAACAGACGAGGCACGGGGUCUUCUGUGGCUGAUGGAGGAAGAGGCGCUGCAGCCAGGAGGAUCACCUGAAACACUUUUAGGACGUCUCUUCAGCUACUAUGGACCAGCUGAGGGAGAGAGUAAAGGUCACACAUUUCUUCUGAGGAGUGAGAAGGAGAAUCACUUCCUGCUGGGUCACAGUCAUGGAACUGACUGGGUGGAGUAUGAUGCCCGUGAAUGGUUGAACUAUGCCAAGCAGAACCCUGCCUCUACCAAUGCAAUAAGCCUUCUGCAGGAAUCCCAAAAGAAGAUAAUCAGCUCCUUGUUCACGAGCCGGGCAGGUGGUGCUGUGGUGCUGUCCGGGUCUGUUGCCGGUCUUGAGGGCGUUUCCAACAUGUCUCUACGCAGGGCAUCCAGCAUGAGGAAGACUUUCAGUACAGGAGUUGCUGCAAUAAAGAAGAAGUCCUUGUGUAUCCAAAUAAAGCUCCAAGUGGAUGCCCUUCUUGACAUAUUGCGGAGGUCCAGGAUUCACUUUGUUCACUGCAUAAUGCCCAAAGCAGAUGCUCUAAGGGCUCUUAGUGGAUCUCUGUUCAAAGGAGGGGACUCUGAGGCUCAAGGGGAGACCGGAGAUCCUGGCUUAAUGCAGCUAGAUGUGGCCCUGCUUCGUGCUCAGAUACGUGGAUCCAAGCUGCUUGAUGCCCUACGGAUCUACAGGCAAGGUUACCCUGAUCACCUGGUAUUUUCUGAGUUCCGACGGCGCUUUGAUGUGCUGGCCCCACACCUCACCAAGAAGCACGGCAGGAAUUACAUCGUAAAGGAUGAGAAACGAGCUGUGGAGGAGCUGUUGGAGUCCCUGGAUCUGGAGAAGAGCAGCUACCACAUGGGUCUGAGUAGGCUGUUUUUUAGAGCUGGGAUUUUGGCUAAGCUGGAGGAACAGCGGGAUGAGCACACCAAGCGUAAUCUCACCCUGUUCCAAGCUGCUUGUAGAGGUUACCUUGCACGGCAGGCUUUCAAGAAGAGAAAGGUAAGAAUGGAAUACCUUCUGAUAGUUUGUUUAUAUACAAGAGGUUUGCAAGGCACCCUUGAAGAGAACUCAUAUUUAUAUACACAUGUACAGAAUUUAUUUAGGUCCAAAUUUAUUUGUCAGCAGUACAAUUCAAAUGCAGACCUGACACCUGUGGAAAUGUACGACUAUCUACAAUUUAAAACGGGAAGAACCGUGAGCAAAACAAAAGGCAUGAGUGACCAUCUGCUCUGAGUGGCUAGACACUGAGAAAACAGAUGGUAGAUCUGUAAAGGAGCAUAGUGAUCUGAAAAUAAUUCUAAGAGACAGAAAAGAGACACAGUUAAACACAAACAUCCAGCUAGGAUUAUUUAUAUAUAUAAAAAAAACAACAAAAAAACAAACAAA